AUGGAUCAAAAGAAGGCUAGUAUUGAUGAUGAUCAUCAACUUACACCCAACUACAGAGGAGCAAAAGCUCUUCCUUUCAUAGUAGGAAAUGAAGCAUUUGAGAAAUUAGGUUCAACUGGUAUUGGAGCAAAUUUACAAGUGUAUCUUGUUAAAGUGUUUAAUAUCAAAAAAAUACACGCCGUUUAUAUAUUAAACACUUAUGCUGCCACUUGCGAUUUAGCCACCAUUCCCGGCGCUUUUCUUUCCGACGCUUAUUUUGGCCGCUACACCGUCAUUGCUUUUGCCUCCUUAUCUUCUCUAUUAGGAAUGUUCUUACUAACAUUAACAUCACUCAAAACCUUCCAUCCACCCCACUGUGAAAUAUCACAAUCAACCAAUUGUCAAAACCCUAAUUCAAAACAACUCGCCUUACUCUUCACAUCAUUCUUCCUAUUAACAAUUUCCGCCGGCGGAAUCCGACCAUGCAACCUAGCUUUCGGUGUUGAUCAAUUCAACCCUAAAACCGAAUCCGGGAAGAAAGGAAUAAACAGUUUCUUCAAUUGGUAUUACUUUACAUUUACAUGUGCGGUAAUGAUUGCCUUAACGAUCAUCGUCUACAUCCAGACAAAUAAAAGUUGGCUUAUUGGAUUUUCAAUUCCGACAUUCCUCAUGUUUGUUUCUUGCAUUGUGUUUUUUGCUGGGAAGAGGAUUUAUGUUCGAGUUGUUCCUCAGGGAAGUCCUUUGACUAGUAUUGUUCAAGUUAUUGUUUGCUCUGUAAGAAAAAGAGGAUUGAAGUUAUAUAAAGAAGAUGAUGAUGAAGAUGAUCGUCGACAACCAUGGUCGGAAAUUCAUGAUCAUUUUCCGAUGAUGGAUGGAAGCUUGAAACUUCCUUCUACUGAUCAAUUCAAAUUUCUAGAUAAGGCGGCGAUAAUUACCCCUGACGAUGAAAUCUUACCAGACGGCUCUGCAUCAAAUCCAUGGCGAUUAUCAAGCAUUCAACAAAUAGAAGAAGUAAAAUGCUUAAUAAGAAUUCUCCCAAUUUGGAUUUCAAGCAUAAUCUUCUUCCUAUCAUUAGGCAAUUUAAACAAUUACACAACUUUCCAAGCUUUACAAAGCAAUCGAAAUCUCACAACCAGAUUCAAAAUCCCACCUGGAUCAUACGGCGUAUUCUCCAUGUUAACCCUCACAAUAUGGAUCCCAAUCUACGACAGAAUCGUAAUCCCAAAUCUCAAAAAGAUCACAAAAGAAGAACAAGGAAUUACCCUUCUUCAAAGAAUCGGAAUUGGGAUCUUAAUUGCUUCAAUCACGUUGAUCAUUUCAGGUUUCGUGGAAAAACAGAGACGCGGUUAUGCAAUCACUAAACCGAUUAUCGUCGAGGAUGGAAACAAUGUAUCGUCGUUUUCGGCUCAUUGGUUUAUAAUUCAAAUGUCUUUGGUUGGAUUUGCGGAAGCUUUUGGUAUAAUUGGAUUGAUUGAAUUUAACUAUAAACAGUUUCCGGAGAAGAUGAAGAGUUUUUCAGGAGCGUUUAUGUCGUUGGGAUUUGCGUUUUCGAAUUAUUUGAAUAAUCUUUUGAUUUCUAUGAUUCAUAAGGUGUCUGCCGGCGGUGGCGACGGCGGGGAGAAUUGGUUGGCGGAGGAUCUUAAUAAGGGGAGAUUGGAAUAUUUUUAUUAUCUUAUCGGUGUUAUUGAGAUUUUGAAUUUUGGGUAUUUUCUGGUUUGUUCUAAAUGGUACAAAUACAAAAGGAUUGAAGAAGAUGAAGAUGAUAAUGAAGAGAAGAAAGAACAAGAGAUGGUUUAA